AUGGUGCAUUUCGUUCACUCAUACGGCUCUGGCGCGUGCGAGGCUGAGUCUCCCUGCUCCUGCUGCUUCCACCGUGUGCUCGGCACCCGAGGGAAAGCGGCCCUUGGCAUUCUGAGCUUGAAGGACUUCCAACGCGACUUGCUUCAGCAUCUGCCCAAGUCCAUUCCCCUGGCAGCACCAGAGUGGCAGGGGGGAGGUGGGUCCCUGGGAGGUGAGAAAGGAAACAACGCGGCAAAAGGUGUAGCAGAAGUAGUGGCAGAGAAGGGGGCGGGAGAAGCAGCUACGGGAGCAGCAGUGAUUGGAGCAGCAGGCGAGGGAGAAAACGUAGCGGAAGAGGAAGGGAAGGGAGCCGCAGAGAUGGGGGCGGAAGGAGGCGUUAAUGAUAACAAGUGGAAUCGCGCCCCUUACUUGUGUGCGAAAGACAUGAUUCUCGAGUGGAUGGCUGAGCCUCGUGUGGGCGUGCUCAUGGACCUGGGGAGGAUCAGAACCUUCCUGCCCACAAUCAUUGCUGCUACAGAUGCUCCUUCUGUUCCUGGCACAAGCGGUGCCUCCUCCUCCAAGUCCGCUCUCCACUCGCCCAACCCCCCUGCCUCGGUCUCCUGGCAGUGCUGCUGGCGCUGCAGCAGCUGCUGGGCCUCCUACCGUCGCGCUGUGUCCCUCUGCGCCUUCCUUGUGCUUGUAGCGAAUUCUCCUCGCUUUGUGAUUUUAUGGAGGGCCCAGCUUGCCUCCCUUACAGGCCUCUUCGCUCCCAUUGUGGAGGAGCUAGGGGCACACAGGCAGGGGGAGGAAGAUAUCUUGGCGUCGGUGCUGGUGCAGGUGCUGGGGGUGAAGGGAGGAGAUGAGAUGAAAGACGGGUUUAAAGCCCAUGUGCUGCCGCUGCUGCCUGGUGGUGCGGAGGCACACAGAGAGGGCGAGGGUGGAGCAGGGGAGGAGAGGAGAAAGGGCGGAAUAGCAGAUGGUGCGAGGAAAGGGAGGAAAGGGGGGAAUUGGGAGGCUGGGAGAAAAGGUGGAAGACGCAGGGGAAAAGGUGAUGGUGGUGGUGCGGGCAGCAGUGGGGAGUGGAGGCAGGGGCUGGGGGGUCCUGUGUGGGACAGCAGCAGCGGUGUUCCCAAGGGCAUGUUUGAGAGUGGCAUUGGCGCCACUGAUUUCGCCCUUGCCGUUGCUACAGUGCUCUCCAAGCCCAGAUUCUCCAUGGAGGCUUGCCGGAUAUUCUUCACAGAUGCUAAUAACGAGUACAGAGUGAAGCUGGAGAAUUCUGCAGCUGAGGCUGCCAGGAAGAAAGUAGGCAUGGGUGCAGAAAGAGAGAGAGGGGGUGCUGACACCAAGAGCCGUGGAGCUGAGAUUGGUGUGAGAGAUACAGUGAAGGAUGGCUGGGAGGCGGUAACCGCAACCAGUAACACGCUCGUGACUGUGCUGACGUGGAGGGUGAGCUGCAUUCUCAUGUGGGUCCGAACCUACGGCCCGAACCUGCAAUUUUCGAAAACGUGUGAACUCCGAACCUGCGUCAAGCGAAAAGAGGAUCUCCCAGUCCUUCGCCACCCAUUCCGGGAUGUCCCAAGCCUGCUGAUCAGGUCCGGCACCAUGCCGGAGCCCUUGGCUCGGCGGGGCUUUUCUUGGGAGUGGGAAGAGGUGCCCGCUGGCGAUGAAGCUACUAUACAGCUUGCUGAUGACGUGGAGGGGAGGAUUCUAUAUAAGAGAAUCCUUAAGGAGGUGUAUGGGGCCACUGUUGACUGGAAGAUUCCAGCGCAUGCAGCAGCAGCGUCGUCAUCAGCAGCAGCUUCAAAAAGCCGUCCGGUGGUUCGCACGGUGGCAGACGUGGAGUUCCUGGUGGAACUGAUGGCAGCAGAGAGAGAGCCUUCCAGGUGCACGCGGUGCUGGAAGUGCCACCUCAGGCACGCCGCUGCCAUCAACUACGUCGCCCUGCUCGCCUCCUUCGCAUACCGCCCGAUCUCCACCCUCAUCCACCGCUUCCUCUUCCUGUUCCCCCCCGACCAAACCAAAGAGGCGUACAUGCUUCUCCGCAUGUUCAUGCCGUCAGGGCUUGAAGAGAGGGUGCACUGGCGGCAUGUGAGAGGACACUUGGAAGGGUUCGCGGAGGAAAAGGAGAUGGGGACUUUCACACAAGCGUGUACGAUGAUAGCGUGGAUGUGGGCCAAAGAGGAGGAGACAAAUCCAGGGCGGUUUGCUCGGCUUGCAGCGCAGGAGGGUGCGGAGCAAGGGAAGGGUGGGGUGGGCAAGUGGAAGCAGUUGGAUAGUGAGAUGUGGGAGGAGGUUCGGGCGUGGAGGCACGCUACCAAGGCUGCAUGGCCCGGGGACAAGAGGAACUGGAUGGGAGAGCUGGGGGAUGAGUGCACAGGUGGCAGGAAAGGGACGAACCGUGAGAGCAGUGAGGAGGAAGAGGGGGAGGAGGAGGGGGAAGACGAGGAGGAGGUGGUGGGAGGGGAGGAGAGGCCGGUUUAUGCGCAGAAGUGGCUGGGAGGAGUGAACCUGGUGGCUUGCCUGAGAGCCAUGCUGCUGGGGGAGCCAUGGACAGGUGGGCUAGCAGCGAUGCCAGAAACGGCAAAACGAGCAGCAGGGGACAGCGCCACUCGGACUCGAGCAGGAGCAGGGAGCAGAGCAGCAAGAAGUGGAGGAGCCGGAAACCCAGCAGGCACUUUCUGGACAGAUGCAUCGGGUGUAGAUACCCGCGCAGAGCGGCUGAAAUCAGGGUACAGGCGGGUAUGUCAGGGGCCGAGUGCUGUUGGUUCACCUGCUUGCUCGGGGGAGGAGCCAACCAGUGAAGAGGCAGUGGGGUCCGGUGGGCAGCGCAAGUCGCCUGAUGCGCAGAUCACCGCCUGCGACGAGAUCCCCGUCGCCAUCCCUUGCUUGCUUCCCGUCGAGAUGUGUGAGGACCGUGUGCCAGCAGUAGCAGACCGAAUGGUUCUGCGCAUGCUGGAGCAGGACAUGCGCUAG